GAGGGCGCAGUCAAUGUGUAGAAUACAUAAAGAGGGGGGAAAUAGCCAGCGUUAUCUUCCCUGCAGGGUAAAGAUUUUUACUGUACCAUGUAAAAACUUUAGUUGCAAUCAGCCACCCUCUCUCCUGUUUCACUGCACCCCUCGUAUAUCGCAGGUUAACAACGAAAUGAAACGCAGAAAGAUUGCCAUCGCAGCUGGGUUUUGCUUCUCAUUCUUCCUGGGCACUUUACUGAAUUUGUUAUUUAUCCCCGGUUUUGAUCAUCACCAUCAGCAGCAGCAGCAGCAGCGACAGCGUUUGGAGCACACCGCCCAGGACCAGCACAGCGUCGAGCCGCCUGUGUUUUAUAACCGGCUGACUGACCAAGACCUGUUGAAGCAAAUUAAAGAGAGGUACGAGGAGGUUGUCCGCUAUCGGCAGCAGUCAGCCCCUGCAGCGGCAGCGGUGAGACUGGCCAGACCGCUGGAAAGGCGCUUGAUGGACCUCAGGCAGAACAGCUCUCCGGAUCAGCCCCAACCCCAGCAGCAGCAUCCGCAGAGUCGCCAGGACGGGAGCCAACCAUUAACUGUUCAAGGAGAAAACACCUUCGCUUCCAGUAGCCCGCAGACUGACUUUCAAUUCCGUUCGCUUUCUUUAAGCUGUCCAGAUAUUAAUAACGCGAGCAGUGUCCAUUACUUGGGUUCUGGAUACACAAAAGCAGUAUACAAAGCGGUUCUUAAUCAGACCCUGGCGGUUGCCUUAAAAUCGGUGGACUUCGCAGGCCACGACAUGGAGAACUGCGUUAAACAAUUUGGAACAUUGAAAGAUUGCUACCGAUUGGCGUCGUACAAACUUGUCAAAGAGAUGACACUUUUACAGCGGCUACAGCAUUCAAAUAUUCUUAAGCUUUAUGGUUUUUGCUACCAGGACAGUAAUCACAUUGCUGAUACAUUGACCACUAUUACAGAGCUUGGAUCCCCUUUGGAGAUGAUUCAGCUUUUACAGACCUCAUGGGAGGAGAGAUUUCGAAUAUGUUUGAGUUUGAUUCGCUUAUUGCACUAUUUGGCCCAUUCACCCCUUGGCUCAGUGACAUUGCUCGACUUCCGUCCUCGCCAAUUUGUUAUUGUCGACGGUGAACUAAAAGUGACAGACUUGGACGAUGCCAGCAUCGAUGAGACGCCGUGUUUAAGCAACAGUGAUUGUUUUAUGCAGUUCCCUGCCCGAAAUUUCACCCUAACCUGCUCAUUGGAAGGUGUAUGUCAAAGGAUGAAUGAGAAGCGGAAUCUCUACAAUGCCUAUAGAUUCUUCUUUACCUAUCUCCUGCCACACAGUGCUCCUUCAAGUCUACGGCCGCUACUGGAUAAUGUGGUGAAUGCUACAGGGGAGUUACGUUGGGGCAUAGAAGAGACAUUGGCUCAGCUCGAGGAAGUUCUGUACCUGUUCAAGAGUGGUUCAUAUCUGCAGAAUGUCACCAGAAGCCAAAAUUCAGAAUACAAGCAACUGACUAAUGUUGCUAUACCUGAAGAGAAUUAUAAAUGUUGGCCAUCUUACCACCACGAGGGCUGUCUGUUAUCAGUUUAUGAUGUCAAUGAAGCAAUGGAGAUCUGUGAUAAUCAUUCCCAGUGCCAUGCCUUUGUUUUAACCAAUCAGACAACGUGGACAGGCCGACAUCUUGUCUCCUUCAAAACCACUUCGAAUCACAUCAUGCCGGAUGUGGAGAAGAUAACAUUUGUGAAAGUGGCAGACUGAACACCGCAUGAGAUUUUGACAUUGAGUUCAAACUGUCCUGGCAGGGAUUAAAAGGCAAGGGCCGCCAUGGGCCAGGAUGCUCCUGCCACCAUCUGCGUGUUCCGAGGUGCAGGGUGAUGGGGUAAUAGGUAGAUGAUCACCAACACCUGGAAUUCUCAUGGCAAAACGUGCAAUACUGCAGGGUGGAACUGUGAACAGCCAAAUAAUGCUGAUCUGUACAUGGCUUGUCAAUGUAAGGUCACCCUUGUUUUUAAUUUUUGUCGACCUGACAAUCUCCUCCACUUGUUAAAACCAAUCCAGGGUGCUGAGAUGUGUAAGCUAAACCAUAGGUUGAAGUUUGUACAGUGUCAGGACACAGAAAUGAAGUGUUACUGUGCUCCUGGCAUCUUCAAUAUUAUAUCAUAACCUUGGGGUCUUAAUUGGCCUCAUUUCAUGAUGUUGUGCUCUCUUCCCUACCCUACACGCAGUCAGUUACUUUCUGUAAAAAUUUCUUAUUUCCCUGGUAAUGCUUUUCCUCAUUACUGGCAGGGAUUAUACAUGGCAAAGAGAAACAGAACAUCCAUGAUAAGUUUAGUUUAGUUUGGUUUAGUUUAGAGAUGCAGAGUGGAAACAGGCCAUUCGACCCAUUGAGUCCAGGCCAACCAGUGAUUACCCAUACACUAGUUCCAUCCUAGAUACUACGGACAAUUUACAGAAGCCAAUGAACCUACAAACCAUGCAUGUUUUAGAAUGUGGGAGGAAACUGGAGCACAUGGAGAAAACCCACACGGUCACAGGGAGAACAUACAAACUUCAUACAGAGAGCACACGUAGUCAGGAUCGAACCUGAGUUUCUGGCGCAGUAAGGCAGCAACUCUAUUACUGUGCCACUGUGCAGUAUUUCCUCCUUCUCCUGGAAUCUAAGGGUAUCUCACGAUUGAAACCUAACUAACAUAUUCAGAUGGAAUUCCCCUCGUGUCAUUUUGACUGAAGCAUUAUCUAUUUUUUUUUUUUUUAAAUGCACCCCGUGCCUAAUUCCAAGCAUUCACUUAAUAAUCUUCUAUUUAGACAUUGGUGCAAACAAAUAAUAUGAGUCAUCAUUUCAUUGCUCUUCAGUACUGGAAGGAGAACUUUAGGAAAUCAAACAGAACGAUACCCAACAGCAUGAGCACGUGCCAAUAGAAUCAGGUGUAUUUAAAAAAAAAUAACGUGUUGUGAUUGACAAAGUUUGUCUUGCUUAUUCGCUUUCUGUGAAAGUAUUUUUGAUGCAGUGACAUCAAUUAUGAUUCUUUCGGCCAUCCAGAGGUAUUAUCCAGCUUUGGACUUCAGUGCGGAAGCUUUAAGAAUUGCAGCUCAUAAGGGAUGCGGUUUGUGCACGAUUUUCUAGCCCAGCAAUGUCAUCAUGAAAAUCAGGCCAUCUUUCCAUGAUGUGCUUUUGGUGCAUGAGGCUUUCCACUGAGGGCAAUGUCAGAAGGUCAUCUUAAUAUUUUAAAAAUGUGAUAUAAAUACUUUUAGUAAAGUUAUUUAUUAUUUUUCUAUUGAAAAAGCAUUAAACUUGUUGAAGUGAACAA